AUGAGAUACUCCUCCGCAGCCACUGCUUUGGCACUUGUUGCCCAAUCCAGUGCCCAAGACUUGGUCGCGGCCCUACAGGCGGACCCUGACUUGAGUACCCUCCUGGGCGCAAUUUCUGCCGUUCCAGGUCUAGCAGACCAACUCGACGCGGCGGAAGGCAUCACUAUCUUCGCUCCUAUCAACUCUGCCUUUGAGGCUGUCGACCCGGCCAGCGCAGCUGGACAGGCCAUCGGGAACAGCGAUAUUGAAGGCAUCGCAUCGGUACUGUCGUACCACGUAGUGCCACAGACGAUCCCUAGCACUGCGAUCACGGCUACGCCGCAAUUUGUACCGACUCUUCUCACUCCCGAAAACGUGAUUGGAGGUGCUUCAGCAACGCAGGUCACUCCCGCGCAGAACCUGGGUGCGCAGCUCAACGGCACCAGUGUCAUUCUCCGCUCUGGGAAUCUUGCUACAUCCACUGUAACACAGGCUGAUAUCGUUGUAGGAGGGGCAACGAUCCAUAAGAUUGAUUCGGUUCUCACCAUCCCAACCAACGCUUCCACCACAGCUACUGCUGCGGGGCUUACGGGUAUUGUCGGGGCUCUCACCAGCGCUGGUUCGGUUGAGUUCUUCGACACUGAGCCAGAUGUCACCAUUUUUAUCCCAUCGAAUGAGGCCUUUGAAGCAAUUGCCGAGACCGUGGCUGGCCUGAACACAGAGCAGCUCCAGCAAGUACUACUCAAGCAUAUCGUGACUGGUGCAGUCGUGUAUUCUCCCGCCAUUCCUACUUGUGAGACUGUUGUGGAGAGUGCUCUGGGUGAGCACCUUACCCUCGUUAACACGGAUGGUGCGAUCACCGUGAACGACGCAAAUGUGAUUGCCGCCGACAUCCUGUUGUCGAACGGUGUUGGCCAUUUGAUCGACAGCGUCCUGAUUCCGGAUGAUCUGAGCUCCGGCGGAGGCAAAGAUUGCAAUUAA